AUGGCGCUGGAUAGGCCCGACCAAGAGCCGAAGACUCAGCUGGUGUGCUAUGGUACACUUUUCGACAUUAGGGCUGCGUGUCCAAAUGGCUUUGCACUUGACAAAGCCCAAUUCAAGAAAAUCAAAAAGCCUGAUGCUCCUAUUAAAUUGUUCAAGAUUGCUACCAGCUCCAGUCAUGUCACUAUCCAAUCGCCGGACGGAAAUGAUACUGCCUUGCUCGAUCUCAGAUCUGCAUCAUGUCUUCGCAAUCUGCAGGAGCGCGGAGCCACAGAAUUUAAAGGCGUGAUAGGCAGGUUCCCGAGGGAGCCUAGUAACACCUCACGCAACGAGAACAUCUCUCAGGACAAGAGCCAGCUCAAUGUGUCCGUCAAUGUAUACGGUCCAAUUGACUUUGCGUCCAGAAUCGGUGAAUAUCUUUUGCAAGAAAAACACUAUCUGCAGCAUCCCGAUGCACUUGAGUCACGCAUUACAUACCACAACCCACAAUGUUUUCGGAGUCCAUCAAUUACUGAAGUCCGCAACUUUACAAACCACUGCAUCGUCGAUGGCCUUUCGGAUAGUUCCAUCACAGCAGACUUGUCCAAGAUAAUGGACACGCUUGAUGUGGAAGAGGAAUCCGAGGUCAUCUCGCCGAUCCGGAUCGUUGUCACGCCGUUACUGAAGUUCGAAGCCUUUUUGCUCCAUUCUCUCGGCAUAGUUCAUUCUUUGUAG